CAAAAUACAACAUGACUUCCAAGAAACUUCAAUACAAGUACCAAUUUGGUUUAAAGUUUUUAACGAUCGAAUAAAAUAGGACUAAUCGACCGGUUAAUUUAUUCUUCACCUUUUUCGUCAAGUCAAUCACGAAGGCAAUUAGAUUUAACACCGCUGAAAAUUAAAGGAAUGGAGGUAAAAAGUGCAAAUGUUGAAGCAAUCAUCAUUAGGACGGCUGUAACAAUGUAAUGGCCAGCAGGACCGUGCGGAGGGUGAAACGUAAAGGAAAGGAAUCUGGUAAACCAGCUCAGGACACCCUCCCAGCCAUAGUUGUCACUCCCCCCGACAUGAAGGUCAAGGCACCGGGCAUACGCGAUGACAAAACUGCCAAGAAUAAUGUCAACGAAGCUACAUCAUCAACAACUACGGUAAUGGAAGAAUUCAACGUCAACAAACUCAUAGCGGAACUCUCUCAAAAUUCCAGAGCAUCUAAGGGCGAGAUAGAAAGCAUACAGAGAAAAUUACUACAACAAGCCAAUGAGAUACUCAAAGUGAACGCUUUCGCCAACCCGGUCCCCGGACCACGAGUCAUAGACAGCGCACAAAAAUAUACAACAAAUCAACCCGUUUAUGGGAGAAUACCGACAGUUAUACCGAGAACUAUGAAUCAAGUAGAUUUAGAUUCGCGCCAAAACCUGAAUCAGACUAACAUGGCGGCGAAGGACACUAAGGACAAUCAACUCAGCGAUCAACUAGUCCCAGAGAAGCUACAAGAGGGUCCCGUGUUCCCGGGAACGAUGUGUGGCAACCAGGGAAAUAUGCAAGGGGCCGGCGCGGCGGGAAGAGGCAUUUUUUCCUACGAAACAGGUUCCACCGCGAGCCGCCUGCCCGCCAGUGCGCGCGCCGCUUCAACAAGAGCUGCCGACGUGCCGCCGUACAGGAUGCCGCCGGCGCCGGACGCGGCGCUGCCCGGUGCUCCCGCGCCGGCCGCGCUCCAUACACACUCCAAUAAGUUUCCUAUUGAACGCGAAGUGAUCCUGUCGUCGGGCGACAAGAACUCAAAGGUGCCAAUUCUUCAGCAAGAACGGAGGCGAGGGCGCCUUGGUGCUGUGGCGCCCGACACGCCUCCAAAGGCGCUUGCCGCUUGGACCCAUGCCGAUAACCAAGCUGGCACCUCCGGAGACAUCAGGCAAUACCACGAGCAAAACUAUGGCUACGUCAUGCAAAACCCCGCUCGACCACAAGGAUAUGACACUCCCAAACCACCGGUACCCGCCAAAAACUACAGCCCUAAAACAGAACAAAACAAUUCACAAAUGAUCACAGUCACCGUCGAAACAGGGAAAGACAAUACACGUGACGCUCCUAAAAACGCCAAAUCAGUAAGCAAGACCUAUCAUACACUUAAAGACAUGAUAUCAAGUAGAUUCAAAAGUAAAGAAAACAAUGAAAGUGAGAAGGAGCCUGAAGUGAAUUUGAAUAAUAGUGAAGAGAGAAAGAGGGAGCCGGAGCCGACGAGAGAGCCAGCGAGGAAGGAGCAGAUAUAUGGAAGACCUAUGACGCAGAAUAGGCCGGAAAUUCAGAAUAGGCCGGAGAUGCAGUACAGUCAUGGAAUGGCGAAUAAUGCGGCUUAUCAGAGUCCGUCACCGCACAGGCAGUUAAUGCAGCAGCAGAUAGUCCAUCAGCAGAUGCUCCUCAGCGCAGCCAGGUCCCAAGAGAUGCUGGCUAGCCCACACAGACCUCAGGCCUUGGGAGCCGAUGCUUUAUACCAGCAGUACGGACCACCUGGACGGAGGAGUGCGAUGUACCAAAGAGACAUGGAUGUCAGGUCAAUGGCAAACUUUACUUCUUUGAAGACAGGACCGCAGACGCAGUUUGAGUCCCACUCAAGACCAGAUCUCAGAAGCCCACAGCAGUUAGAAAGAGAAGUCAUCAGACAAAGAUACCUGACAGACGACCGACGUGCUUCAUCUCAUCCUCACUUACUCGACGAGCCACGACAAAGACCUCAAGUAACCACACCUCAAAUCCACGACAGAUCAAGAAGAAAUUCUCAUGGAAAUCUCCUCGAGGGCACAUCUGUUGACAGUCCUCAACGAAAUUGCGAUGAGCGAGAAUCAGAUGACGGUGGGUUUAGAGCCCGAUUAGCUCAAGAUACAGCUCAAGGAAGAUCAAGUUUCGAAGAACGUAUCAGGACGAGCGGUAGAUCUAUAGAGUCUAACCGACAAGAGAAACAGGAGAGCUACAGAAAAACACCUGACAGUCACAAAGAAAGGAGAACCCCGGAUUCAAUCAGCCAAAGACAAAGAGAAGAAGCCUCGUCGUCAGCACAAAUUGAAAGAGACGAAAGGGCUAGUCAGAAAUCUGCUGAUAGUGUUUACAAUUCAAGUGGGAAAGCCGAACCUUACAUUCCACAACCGUCGUCGUCGUCGAGACAGACACCGAACAGGAUAGAAGAUCUGAAAGCGCAUGGGAGAAAGGGGGCUAACGGAUCGGGUGCCAGUUCAGAUUAUGACAAGAAUGGUGGGCAAUCUUCGAAUGUGGAUUCAGGUCGCGGCAGCGCUGCAUAUUCGAGCGGACGACGGCCCGAGCCCGGCGCUGACGCCGCAGACUCGGAUCGAGCACCGCCUGCGCAGCAGCAGCCGCAAGCUGAGAACGAAUGGGCAGACCUGGUUGAGUGCGAGCUGCGUCAGAUCCUGGAGCCGAAACUGGCUGGCAUGAGGCUGGACAGCUCGGCGAGCUCGCUGAGUUCAGUGACGCCGCCGCUGCCACCGCUGUCGCCAGCUUCAGACCACAAUAAGAGGAAUAGCUUGCCAGGACGAGAGUACUCUGACGAUCGAAGACGUGGGAGAGAUUCACCGCGUUGGCACUCACACAAGAAGCACUCUUCGAAAAGGGAUCAUCACUAUAAAAAGCAUCUGUUCGGCCUCGACACAACAGACAUGACAUCAACAACAACACGCAGCCUAGACCUCUCAUCGCUGCUCGACGCGCGCACCGACAGCGACGCGUCUGGCGGGGAUGCGAGAGCCAUCCGUAGACAGUUGCGUGGUCUGGAGACCAUGUACGCUGAGGUGCUGCAGCUGCUGGGUGUGAGGAAGCCGGCUAGCUUGGCUAAGCAGCCUACGUGGGAAGCAAGACUGACGUCUAAGCGCCGGUAUGGUAGCAUGUCUUCCCUACCCUCAAGUUCAGUCAGCAGUCGUCCAGUUCGGGAAAAACGGCGAAGUUCCAAUGAGAAUAGGAAAAAACAUGACAUCAAGGGCAUCAACAAGCGUUUCCAGCGUCUAGAGUCUCACGUGGUGACGUUGGCGCGCUCGGUGGCGCAUCUCUCCAGCGAGAUGCGGACCCAGCACCUCGUCAUGCAGGAGAUGGACGCCAUCCGAGCGGAGAUCACUGCGCUGCGGCAUAUGUAUAAAUCCCAGCAGUACCUCCGCACAGGUCAGCUGCCGCUGUCUGACCCGUUCUCCUUCAGCAACCCGGACCGAGUGAAGCGACUGACAAAGUUCUUCGGAGACGAGCCGCCGCUCAUGAGACUGUUCCUUAAGAAGCUCGGAUAUGAGAAAUACGCAGCUCUGCUGGAAAAGGAGAAAGUCGGAGCAGCAGAGCUACCAUACGUCGGAGAAGACAAACUUCGGGCCCUGGGGGUGCCCCUGGGGCCACGCAUGCGGAUACUGAAGGAGGCCGGGAUACACCACGAUAUGCAUCACAUGUCGAGAGAUGACCAUCACAAUACUACCACUACACUGGCUAUAGUUUAAGUGGCAUGUUGAUAAGACGUCCAGUUGAAUAGACCUAAACCAU